AUGGGCCUGACGCCAGGCUGCUGGGUGUCAGGGCACCCGAGGGAGCCGGAGGUGGGGCGAGGCGUGGCGCGCCGCAUGCUCACCUGGCCCUGCAUGGCAACAGGCAAUGGAGCUCUAGGUGCCUUGGGCUGCGGACCCACGGCCGCUUCCAGAGGCAGCGGGUGGCAGAGGAGGGAGGGCAAACUGGCAGCCCCUGGCAACCUGGGGCUGACGGCAGGAGGCUGGGCACACCGCGGAUUUCCCCCCGCCGGCAGGAUGGUGAACCUGGAGUCCGUGCACGCAGCUGUCCCCGAAGGAGAAAGUGGCCCCGGGUGUGGUGGCAGCCAUCACUUCAAGGAGAUCAAGAUGAGCGGGGAUGCUGCAGAUUCCACAGACACCCGGCACGAGCCUGACCAGGUGGAGCCAGGGAAUGAACAGAAUGGGCUGGACUUUAACAGGCAGAUUAAAACCGAGGACCUCAGCGACUCCUUGCAGUCUGCCAUCCCCCCUCGGUCGGGGCACCUCGUGCAGGGAUCAUCCAUGAUGCCAGGGAGCCAAAUUGCAGGGGACAUGAGCUCUCUCCACACCCUGCAGCAGCUGGUGUUGCUUCCUGGGCACAUGCAGUCAGUCCCCCAGUUCCUCCUGUCCCAGUCUCAGGCAGGACAGCAAGCUUUGCAGCCAAACCUCCUCUCCUUCCCUCAGCAGCAGGGCAGCCUCCUCCUCUCGCAGCCCGGACCCAGCCUGGCCUCCCAGGCUGUGGGUCGCUCUGGCCUGCCUGGCUCCUCGGUUGAGCCGCACCUGGACGUCCCCCAGCACCUGCAAGUGGCAAAGCACCUGACCCCAGCCGGGGCCUCCGAGGAGCCCAGCGACCUGGAGGAGCUGGAAAAGUUUGCAAAGACUUUCAAGCAAAGGAGGAUCAAGCUGGGGUUCACACAGGGGGACGUUGGCCUGGCCAUGGGGAAGCUCUACGGGAAUGACUUCAGCCAGACCACGAUCUCCCGCUUCGAGGCUCUCAACCUGAGCUUCAAGAACAUGUGCAAGCUCAAGCCCCUGCUGGAGAAGUGGCUCAGUGAUGCAGAAUCUGCUCCUUUGGAUUCCUCCAUGAGCACCCCCAACUCCUACCCCUCAGUGAAUGAGAUGUUUGGGCGGAAAAGGAAGAAGAGGACCAGCAUUGAGACCAACAUCCGCUCCACGCUGGAGAAGAGAUUCCAAGAUAACCCCAAGCCCAGCUCAGAGGAGAUCUCCUUGAUAGCAGAGCAGCUCUCCAUGGAGAAGGAAGUGGUUCGGGUCUGGUUCUGCAACCGGCGCCAGAAGGAGAAGCGGAUCAGCUGCCCCAUGCCAUCCCCCAUCAAAUCACCCAUCUACAACUCCAGACUGGUCUCUACCUCAGGCUCCUUGGGGCCCCUCUCCGUCAAUCCAGUGCACAGCACCAUGCCUGGGACUGUGACAUCCUCGUGCUCCCCAGGGAACUCCAGCAGGCCCUCGUCCCCUGGCAGUGCCCUCCAUGCCAGCAGCCCCGGCACAGCCCAGAGCAACUCCAAAGCUGCCAUGAACUCCUCUGGCUUCAACUCUUCAGGCUCCUGGUACCGAUGGAACCAGCCCACCUACCUCCACUGAGACCUCGUGCCGCGAGGGCAAGAGCAGCUCUGCCUCCAGGCCGUGCAGCACCCACGGUGAUGCUCGGGG